UGCAGGAGCUUCCUGCAGCCAAUCGGAAGCCGUGCUUUGGUUUCCGAACAUUUUGGAAGUCAAACGGACUUCCGGAAUGGAUUCCCUUCGACUUCCAACGUACGACUGUAUAUAUUUAUCCUGCUCUUCAGCCAAAAAAGGAUCUCUGAGUAGCUUACAGAUCAAUGAAAACAAUCAGGCUUUCCCCCUCAGGUUUGCAGUCUUAAAAAUAUUAUUGAUCAUAUUUUAUAUUUAAACUGCCCUUCAGCUGAAGUUUCCAAGCCGGUGUCCAAAAAUCCCUUCAAAUCAUAAGUGAGGGAGAAGCACUUUUCACACCCUGCCUGUGGAUACUGAUGAGGGAAGGACAUUUUUUUAUUUUCCAGGGACCAGUGACUUUUGAGGAGGUGGCCCUCUAUUUCACUGAGGAGGAAUGGGCCCUGGUGCAGCCCAGCCAGAGGGCUCUGUACAGGGAGGUGAUGCUGGAGAUUCUUGGGAUGGUGACCACCUUAGCAGGUUACGUCUGGGAGAGUGAGAACGAGGGAGCAGAGUUGGGCGUGUCGUUGGAAACAGCCACGGGUCAGUACGGUGGGGAGAACUUGGAGGGUCAAGAUGGAGCAAAGAAGCAGGAGGAGAAACAAACUCAGACACAGGGGGAGAAAUCUGCCCCUUUCCAGUAUGGUGACAGCGCCCUAAAACAACACACAACGUGCAGAGGAAAGAAAAGGAUUAAGUGUGCCGAGUGUGGAAGAGCCUUCAGUUGCCAGUCAGCAUUUAAUCUGCACCAGAGAACUCACACGGGAGAAAAGCCUUACAAGUGCCCACAAUGCGGAAAGAGCUUCAACAGGCACGACAACCUUGCUUCGCAUCAGAGAAUUCACACCGGAGAGAAACCGUACGCCUGCUCAGUUUGUGGGAAAAGGUUCAGCCACAGUGCAAGCCUUACUUCUCAUCAGAGAAUCCACACAGGGGAGAAACCGUAUAAAUGCUUGGAGUGUGGCAAGAGCUUCAGCCGGUGCGACUCCCUUACUUCCCAUCAGAGAAUCCAUGCGGAGGAGAAACCGUAUAAAUGCGCCGUCUGCGGAAGGAGCUUCCGUCAGAGCGCAAGCCUCACUUGUCACCAGAGAAACCACACCGGGGAGAAGCCGUACAAAUGCCUGGAGUGCGGAAAGAGCUUCAGCUGGGAUAAGUCCCUUAUUGCACAUCAGAGAAUUCACACGGGGGAGAAACCGUACAAAUGCUUGGAGUGCGGAAAGAGAUUUAGGUGGAGCCGGCUUUUUACUGCACAUCAACGCAUUCAUGCUGGAGAGAAACUAUAUCCGUGUGCAGACUUCGACGAAAGCUUCUGCCAGAACGCAAAUCUUUCUUCCUAUCAAAGAAUCCAUCCGCUGGAAAAGCUGCGCAAGUGCUUCAUGUGCGGAAAGAGCUUGAGUCAGAACGACUCCCAGAUUUUGCAUCAAGGCUUACACCCGGGAGAGGAACUGUACAGUUGCUCAGAGUGUGACGAGAGUCUAUCUUGCAAAUCGUAUCUUGUUAACCGUCACAUAAUUAAUGCUGGCAAGAAACAGUACGAGUGCGGAGGAAGUUGCGGUGCGAGCUCAGACCUUGCUUUCCAUCGAAUGGUUCAUGCAAGGGAGAAAUUGUAUAAAUGUCUGGAGUGUGGGAAGAAGUUUGGCCGGAGCGACCACCUUCGUAGACAUCAGAUUAUCCACGCGAGGCAGGAGCAAUAGAUGUGCUCACGCGGGCGGAAAAUGUUUGCUUUUGGAGCUCGCUUCUCCACACAACUCCAUAGAUUGCUAGUUGGGGGAAUCUUGAGGAAUGUCUGAGCUGUGGGGAAAGUAUUGAUGGAGCUCACCUCUCCUUACUGAUAGAAGCCUCCAGAGGACAUGAGCAGAAUCAUACAAACGCAAGAGGAAUAGAAGAAGCUGUAUCAUACGGAAUCGGAUCUUUGGCCCGUUUAGCUCAUCAGUGCUGUCU